CUGGGACCCGACUCUGCCCGCGGCGUCCCGGAGCCCUGUCCCGCGGCCCCAGAGGCCCGCACGCGCCGGCUCCCGCGCCGGGCCGGGCCCCCGCUGCGCAGCGCCCCCUCCUGGACGAGCCGCGGGGCCGGGACGUGAGCUCCGAGGCCGGAGGCCCGUCCCGCACCGGGCUGGGAAGACGCGCCGCAGCGGUGGCCGCGCAUCCCCGCGAGGUCCCGCGCAGGCCGAGGCCCCCUCCUGGAGCCGCCUGGGGACGCGACUUGGCGCCGCGAGCCCGGGCCGCAGCGUCCGUCACUUGCAGGAGUUUUCGCGGUCCCUCCCGGAGGUGACUUCCUCCCUGCCCCUCCUGAUCCCCCUACGGCACACAGCCCUACCUAGAAGACCCGGGCACUCGGGGCCCCGGCGCCCCCGGCAGAGCCUCGAGAGGAGGGCUGCAGCAUCGUCCGCUUACAACACCGAGACUUCGGACUCCGGAUCCCAACUCUGCCCGGAGUCUGCAGUCCCAGAGCCCCAAGUUCACGACCCUGGGUGCGGGUUUUCCCGGGGACCACGCACUCCCGUCCAGGCGCGCGGGACUUCCGACCCCAGGGCCGGCGGCUCCCGGGGAGGUCCGAGUUGUGCCACUCAGCCAUGCCGGAGGGAACCCGGGGCCUCAGCCUGUCCAAACCCAGCCUUAGGCUCGGGUGUGGCCACCAAGGUGAAGCCUGUGACUGCGCAGCUGUGAGUGAUACUCCGACAGCAGCCCCUGCCGCCCCUCUCAUGGCUUCCCUGAGGGGUUCUGGAAGCUCCACCUCCCUGAGCACUGUGGGCUCUGAGGGGGACCCUGCUCCGGCCUGCUCAGCCUCGGGGCCGGAGCCCCUCCCAGAGCCCCCCAUACGCCUGCACCUGUCGCCCGUGGGCGUCCAGGGUUCAGUGAAACCCUCCAGGCUGGAGCGAGUGGCCAGGGAGAUCGUGGAGACGGAGCGGGCGUAUGUUCGGGACCUUCGCAGCAUCGUGGAGGACUACCUGGGUCCUCUGACGGAUGGCAGGGCGCUGGGCCUGAACCUGGAGCAGGUGGGCACGCUGUUUGCCAACAUCGAGGACAUCUAUGAGUUUAGCAGCGAGCUCCUGGAGGACUUGGAGGGCUGCAGCAGUGCCGGGGGCAUCGCCGAGUGCUUCGUGCAGAGGAGCGAGGAUUUUGACAUCUACACUUUGUACUGCAUGAACUACCCGAGCUCCCUGGCCCUGCUCCGAGAGCUGUCACUGUCCCCGCCUGCCACCCUGUGGCUGCAGGAACGGCAGGCCCAGCUCCGCCACUCCCUGCCUCUCCAGAGCUUCUUGCUGAAGCCCGUUCAGCGCAUCCUGAAGUACCAUCUCCUGCUGCAGGAACUAGGCAAGCACUGGGCGGAGGGCCCGGACACUGGAGGGCGCGAGAUGGUGGAGGAAGCUAUUGUGUCCAUGACUGCCGUGGCCUGGUACAUCAACGACAUGAAGCGCAAACAGGAGCACGCCGCACGCCUGCAGGAAGUGCAGCGGCGGCUGGGAGGCUGGACCGGCCCGGAGCUCAGUGCCUUUGGAGAGCUGGUCCUGGAAGGCACCUUCCGUGGGGGCGGCGGGGGAGGCCCCCGGCUGCGUGGGGGAGAGCGCCUGCUCUUCCUGUUCUCCCGGAUGCUGCUCGUGGCCAAGCGGCGGGGCCCCGAAUACACCUACAAGGGCCACAUCUUUUGCUGUAACCUGAGUGUGAGCGAGACUCCCCGAGACCCGUUAGGGUUCAAGGUGUCAGAUCUGACCAUCCCCAAGCACAGACACCUGCUCCAGGCCAAGAACCAGGAAGAGAAACGGCUGUGGAUCCACUGCCUCCAGCGCCUCUUCUUUGAGAACCACCCAGCUUCCAUCCCUGCCAAGGCAAAGCAAGUUCUUUUGGAAAACAGCCUGCACUGUGCUCCCAAAAGCAGACCUAUCCCAGAACCCCCAACUUCCCCGCUGGACUCUCCCCGGCCCCGAGACGCCCGGAGUUUCACCCCCGGCAGAAGAAACCCAGCUCCAUCUCCACGACUUUCAGGCAGCCGCCGUGGCCGAAGGCAGUCUGAGCCAGCAAAGGAACCUUACGUCAUUUUUCCCCAGAACGAUAAGCCUCAAGUCAAGCACGCUGACAGUGAAGGAGAACUCCACCCCCCACCUGAGCGGCAGCCACCGGUGUCUGCUUCCAGUGUCCCUGAGGACCUGGAGGACGCAGGGCCUCCCACGCUGGACCCGCCAGGGACUUCCAUCACCGAGGAGAUUCUAGAGUUGCUGAGCCAGAGAGGCCUCAGGGAUGCAGGGCCAGGCACCCACGACAUUCCCAAGCGCCCCAGAGACUCCAGGGUGCCAGCUGAAAGCGAGGUCCUGCCGUUCCAAGCCCUGCCCAGCCGGGAGUCUUCCGAGGAGGAGGAGGACGAGGAGCUGGAGACAGAUGAACGGGAGCCUUCCCCGCUCCAUGUCCUAGAGGGGCUGGAAGGCUCCAGCCCAGCUGACAUUCCCAGCAUUCCCAGCCUUACCAAGAUUCCCAGUGACGUGCCCAGCCUUCCAGAAAUUCCCGAGGUCCCCUGCCUCCCCAGGCUCUCUGAUGUCCCCGGUGUGUUUGAGAUGACCCGCCUCUCACCCAUGUCCACUGUGUCUGACAUUGCCAGCCUGGCCAGCACCCCCUCCUUCCCCUGUGGCUCCUGGCUCCCUGGGCCCCUGCAGGAGCCAGCCCAGCCUCUGGCCACCAGGAGCGAACAGUUACCUGGGAGCAAUGUAGCAAGACUAAGUGAGCCACCAGGAGAAAGCGGAGGUGGGCAGGAGGAAGACCCAGAAGGUGGGUCCUUCCCAGCCGUGCCCGCCCAGGACGGCACCUCCGUCCAAGGAUUCCCGGAAGAACUGGAAUACCGCUCUUGUUCAGAGAUCCGGAGCGCCUGGCAGGCGCUGGAGCAGGGGCAGCUGGCCCGGCCCGGCUUCCCAGAACCUCUGCUGAUCCUGGAGGACUGUGAUCUUAGUGGAGGCGGCGCCAGCGGGAAGGCAGGAAUGCCGCGCUCCGAGCGGGCAGCUUCCCGGGUGCGAGAGCUGGCUCGGCUCUACAGUGAGCGGAUCCAGCAGAUGCAGCGAGCCGAGACUAGAGCGUCCAACAAUGCGCCCCGACGCCGCCCCCGCGUCCUGGCCCAACCCCAGCCAUCCCCCUGCCCACCCCAGGAGGAGGCGGAACCAGGGCCCCUGCCUGCUUUUGGACAUGUGCUUGUAUGUGAGCUGGCCUUCCCACUGAACUGUGCCCAGGAGUCUGUCCCAAUGGGCCCUGCUGCUCUGGUUCAAGCUGCCACACCUUUGUCUAAGCAAGGAGAUGAUCUGAAUGGACGGAGUCUAAAUGUUUCAGCUUUGCCCAAGCAGGACCAUCUGAGUAGCUGCAUUCCACCUCCUACCCCUUUACCUGAGCAAAGCAACUUCCAGAACACACAGGUUCCAUCCCUUCUGUCCAAGAAAGUUCCUCCUGACGGCCAGGUCCCAGCUGCCUUAGCUUUGCCUGAUCAGAGUCAGCUACAAAGCCAGGUUCCAGCUGCCACCCCUUCAGCUGAGCAGGGAAGCCACAUGGAAAUCCAGGUCCAGCCCACCCCCAGCUGCCUUCCUGGGCAAGAGUGCCACACAGACCUCCAGAUGCCAACUAGCGGGGCACUGCCCAAACAGGGAGCUUGUGCUGGCAUUAGGAUUUUAGCUACCACCCCUUUGCCCAAACAAGAAGGCCAUGAAGACAGCCAGAGCCCAAACAGUGCCCCAGAAACUGAGCAGAGAGAUGUCAGCCUUGAUCAGGGCCUAGCUGCUCCUGGUAGCCGAUCUGUCAGCCCUUCACCAGUAUGCACAAGCAGCCCUGACCAUCAGAGCCCAGCCACCCCACUACCGUUGCCACCGGACCUCCCAGACACUGAGGGCCCUGGUGCCUUACCUCUGCCUGCACAGGGGGACCGUCCAGACUGCUGCACCCCAUGCAGCCCUCUGCCAUCUUUGUCCCAAGACAUUCAGAUGCCCACUGCCAUCCCCGUGUCCCAGCCACAGGGCCUUAACGACAGCAGGGCCAAAGCCCCCCAGUCUUUCCCCAAGCAGGAAGAGGCUCCAGAUUCUCUGGGUCGCGAGCCCAGCCUCACAGCCACACCAGCUCCCAGGCUCUUCCCCUCACUGGGCCGGCAGGACCCCACAGACGACCAAGUCUCCGCUGCCAUGCCCUUCGCCGAACAAGGGUGCUCUCAGGAUCUUCAAGGCCUAAUAACUCUCCCCAUUCAGACCACCAUGGAGUUAUCCAAACCAAGAGGUUUAGUCCCUCGUGUCGCCAUGCCGGAGUCCUCGGACCUGACACCACCACAUAGCCCCUCGCUCUCCACACGCCAGCUCCUGGGCCCGAGUGCAGCUGCCCUCUCGAGGUACCUGGCAGCCUCGUACAUCAGCCAGAGCCUGGCUCGCCGGCAGGGGCCUGGGGGGGAGGGCCUGGUAGGCUCCCAGAGUCACUGGUCCUCCUCUGCCCCCACAUCACGGGCACCUUCGCCGCCACCCCAGCCCCAGCCCCCAGCCCCUCCAGCCAGGAGGCUCAGCUAUGCCACCACAGUUAGCAUCCAGGUCGGGGGUGGUGGGCGCCUACGGCCCGCCAAAGCCCAGGUCCGGCUAAACCACCCUGCUCUCUUGGCAGCCCCCCACCGAGGAGCCUGUGGGCCUUCCCAGGGCCCGGGGGCUUCCUGACGCCCCCUUCCAUCUGCAAGCCUGGACACCAGGCUCUAGGCUUCAAGGACUUGUGCCAGGUGCCGCCUACCCCGUUCUGGCUUCCAGAGUCUGGACACAGGUCCAGAAAUGGCUGUAGCUUUCUAGCCCAGGAAUCUGUCCACAGAUGGGCUCCUGAGGCCGUGGUUAUUUUUUAAUUAACUUUAUGAACUGC